AUGUCCACAGCCGGCGAUGACAUCUUCUGCGACACGUGUCAGCGCAACCAGACCCUCUACGCCAAACUCCUCGGCGAGUACCUUCCAGAAGAGGAUGACCCGACAUACGACCAAUAUCUAGCGGCGUAUGACGACUACAAGGAUGAGCUCGAGACCCGAUACCCGCAAGUCUGUAACGAAUGUCUCCCUCGAGUCCAACAUCAGAUUCGAAAUGCGAAUCAUGUUGCUAGAGCAGACAAUUUGGCGCGUAUAAUGGAAGCGGCCAAGCAGAAGCGCACGACAGUACACACCCACCGACAAGCAUGGACACUGAGGAUCAUUUCGCUGGCGAAGUGGACUUAUAUCUUGAGCACUGCAGCAGGAGUGGUUUGGCAUACUGCUGGGUUAAUUAUGGGUCCAGACGAGGAUAUACGGGCGUACCAAGUAUUCAGCUGGGAUACUUGUUGGACUCAGGCAAAAUCGAAUCGCUGGAUCGACGAAGUCUGUGUACUGUCGCCUAUAGUGCUCAAGUGGUUGAAAUUCGCGAUUAUUGCCGAUGCCCUUACAAUCUGGUGGAACCCCAAGCUGAAGGUCAAGAUGAACAGCCUCACAGGACGGAUGCGUGGGCUUAUGUCCUUGUGGGCGAUUCGCAUGACGGCCGUUGUUCUUCGCUUUAUAAGCCUCUAUUACUGGCAAGGCACUGAGAUCAAUAACGAGACGAUCGGUUUCUUCCGGCACACUCACAUGGGCAUGCUCGGCAUACUGGCUUUCUCGUCCAUCAUGGCAUGGAAGGCAGUCCGUAUAGUAUACGGGGCCGCGCCCUCCUUCCCAAAAACGACUCGGGAACCUGUUCCCAACGUACCCAGUAGCGCAAAGAGGGCCAGAAAAGGUUCUUACCACCCGGCUCAUCCCCAAGCAGACCUCUUUGAUACUAUGGCGCAAGCUUUUACAACUGGUUUUGAACAGGGUAAAGAGUCUUCUCCUCUCCCUCCGUCACCAACCAUCUCAGAGGCUUCGUACACUACACACGCUACCGAUGUCACCACACCCUUUGCUCAGCGAUCGAGCUUCUUAGGUGCAGACGACAUGGACUGGACACCCACCAAGAAUCCCAGAGGUCGUUUCUCUUCCCAACCCCCAGAAAUAAUAACCAACCAGUUCUCCAAGACUGCAACCCCACAACCUGCAGCACCUCCUCGGUUCAACGAACCCCACUCUAUCUUCUCUAAGCCAGAUCCAAACCCCUUCCGUCACCGGGUCCCUGCCCCACCACCGACCUCCCUCUCCGCGAGCCAGAAACCCAACCCGUGGAAACCAAGUGUCUGGACGCCUCCUCUCAAAGAAAACGCACCCAGUUUCUUCAAAAAGGAACAGAAGGUGCAAGGAGGUGUGGGAGAAGUAUCGGGUCUAGAUGGCCUGGGUGUACCGAAGAACGUCAAGAGGGAUGCGGAGCUCUUCGCUAGCCCGAAGCUCAAGUAUGAUUAUUACGGGACUAUGAAGGAUACGGGACUGGAGGACACGUUUAAUGCCAUGUUUACGAAAUAG